AUGUCUCAUACCAUUGCACCACGUUCCGAGAAGGAAGCCUUUCAAGAUAUCCCACUAGAGGACUUUCCACCUCAGUACGAGUCAGCAGUCAACGCUGAGCUCCGCCGCUUCAACGACGCAGAAGCACAUCAGACGAAGCCCGACUUGCAUAACCGACCUAAGCAGAGCAGGAAGCGACGCUACAUCAUCAUCGGCUGUGCUGUAACUGGUAUUCUUGCGGUGCUCGCUAUUAUGGCUGGAGUGGUUGCUACUUACCUUAGCGCCCAAAGACCGGUUCGUAGUCCUGCUCCUCCGCAAACUCAACUUCCGAGCUCGAUUGCUGAGACCCCUUCUCAGAUCUCUCCGCUCUCUGUUCGCUCGACUACAGCAACAACUACUGCGACGGCCUUUGCUACUGUUACUGUCACAGCAACGCGCAGCAUAGCUGCUGGCUUUGCACCCAUCCGAGCGACUGAGAUCUCAAGCACGACUGUUACAUCGACUUCCACGCCUCCGGGUUCUGGUAUCUUGACUGUGGCAUCGACUGUUCACACUACCGUUGAGUCCAGGAUAAUCUCGUACUUGACAGAGUCAGACACUUCCUUCUUCCGCCUCCUGCCAUCGACGAGCACGCUCUCCUACGCAUCGACAGCCACCAUCAUGGUCGGAGUCCCGAACAUGGCGUCCGCUGGCUCGGCUCUCCUUACUUCGACGGCUCCUGCUGUUAUAAAUAGCUCGAGCACAAAGGCAUCACAUCACACGAUCUCGGUGGGCGAGAAGACUUGGCUUGACAGCUCGGGCUUCACAACGGUGACUUCUACUGCCACACCACCAGCAUCGCAGCUCAACGCUGCCGCGAAGCCGACUUCGACGAAGAAGGGUGGCCUGAUCAAUUUCUGUGGCGUGCCUGGUGAGGCGUGCUCUGACUGA